AUGACCGACGAAGGACGACAAACAACGCCGGAGGGGCAUAUCAAUGACCAACAACAGACGGAAAAGGUUGCGAGGGAUCGUGCAGGGACAGAGAAAGGGUUGGGGGCUGAAACCGUCGCAAAAUACGUUCCCGGAAACAACAUCCAGAUCACAGAAACCAUCAACAACAAGCUGAAGAGGAAGAAGCUUUAUGUCGCGUUUAGCCAGAAGAACGCGAAAGGAAAGACAGAGUACCAACUUACUGAGACGAAGGACGAUACCACGAAGCUCUACAUGAACGGGAAGUGGUUUCCUCAGGCCGAUGUCUACCCAGCAGAUGUAGAACAGCAGGCGAAGCCUGAGUCUCCCCUUGGCGAGGACGAAGAUGGUGAAAACGAAGAUGGGCCUAUCUUCUCACCCGGUGGGUCAGGGCCAUAUCCAACCAAAGUACGAACACUCGAAAAAUGUCCGAACGGCUACGCACGACUUGCAGCCUACAAUUCAAGUGAACAAAACUUCAUGCUCUACCGCGGCUUCAGCAACGUCCACGCACGUCUCCUCUUAAGCCUCCAAUGCAGCAUUCAGAUGCUCGAAGCCGAGCUAGACAACAUUGACCGCUUCCACGACACCCUUCCCAACGAGGCCUCCAAGAAGCGCCUGCGAUCCUGGGAUCUCGACGUCGCAGCCUGCAGACAAGAGAAAGAAGAAGCAAAACAAGACGGAGACGAAGACGAAGCCCGAACACGAGAAGAUAUCCUAGAGGAACUGAGGAUUAAAGUGAACCAAUACGACGAGCUACUGAUCAAAGCAAGAGAGCUCGUCUCUUUCCAACGACCGACCGAACGUGAUUACCGAAGCGUAAGGAACUGGUUCCACAAUAUUGCGCCCCUCGUAGACGAGGAGCAAGACUACAUACUCUGGAAAGAGGAUAUCGUGACGCUCAGACAUGGGAGGGAGUGGGCGGGUUUCGACGGUAUGGUCGAAGCGUUGCUGCAUAAGAUGGAUGGCCCACUUGUUCAAUGGCUCUUUCGGACCGAGGAUCAGAGGCGUAAAUCCACGGAUGAGAGGAAUUACUACUUUGCUCCUUCGAGGGUGUCGACGCUGGUCAAUCUCUUUAUUACUAUUGCGCUUUUCUUGCUACUGGUAGCUCCGGUGUUGGCCAUGUAUCGUCUCUCGACUAUCAAGACGACGGAAUGCGUAUUCGCGGCUAUUGGUAUUUUGAUGGUUUUCACGCUGCUCUAUGUCGCUGCUCACGAAGGCGAAGAGGCAUGA